AUGUCGUCGAAUGCUACGACUCCGGGCGGCGAGGCCACAACGGCUCCCGCCGCGACACCUGGCACUUCCGCACCCGCAGAGACGAGCGCCGCCGCCGUCACCACCACUCCUCCGGCAGAGACCUCUGCGGCAGCGGCUCCUACCACCGCUCAACAACCCACGACGCAGCAAACUUCCGCGGCAGCAGCACCAACCACGUCUCAAGCUCCGGCGGCCACAACUUCUGCGGCAGCUGCACCAACUACUCAGCAGCAGAACACGACUCCGACUACGCAAGCUGCCGAAACUACUACCCAGCAACAGCAAACAACCCUGGUCGCGACUACUGUCGUCAUCACGCCAACCGAAGCAGGAGGUCAGACAAGCACCAUCUUUACUGUCAUCACUCAGACCAAGGGCGUCACACAAACCGGAACUGCUGCCAGCUCAUCUGCUUCCGCUACGGCCUCAGGCGGUGCCAUCAACUCCGGUGGUAACUCCAAGGGCGGUCUCGGUAACGGGGGCACUAUUGCGGUUGCUGUUGUCGUACCCAUCGCUGCCGUUGCCCUGCUCAUUCUGGCUGGUCUGUACUUCUGGAGAAAGAGAAAGCAGCGCAAGGACGCCGAGGAGGAGCGACGAAAGGAGGUCGAGGAUUAUGCCUACAACCCGAAUGCGGACCCCACCAUCCCAUCCCUUGGCGAUGGCGGCUCGUACGAAAUGAAGGAAGAUGCGGCCUCAUCCGGAUACCGUGGUUGGGGAUCUACCACUCUUGCCGGCUCCACCGGACGUAAGGCGUCCACGACCAUGUCCGGAGGCAACACAGGAGAGCCUUUGAUCAACGAUGGCUCGUACUCACCUGAUGGCGAGAUUCUUGGCGCCAUGGGCCCUUCAGCAGCUAUGAACCGUGGAGGCGGUGUUCAACGUGGACCUUCCAAUGCGUCAUCUUCCUACAGCGCAGGAAACCACUCAGAUACCUCUGAUGGAAUCGGCAUGGCAUACAGCGGCGGUGGCAGCAACGGUAAUGGCAACGGCAACGGUUACUACGAUCAGUACGCCAACAACCCGUACUCUGACAGCCCUUACGCCAACCCGGCCACUGAGCUCCCUGGCCAACCGGUCAUCCGCGACAAUCCAGCUCGUCGCAACACUCGGAUUGAAAACCCUUCGCACUAUCCCCAACAACAAAACGCUGGUAUUUCCCAGAACUUCUAG